AUGGCCUAUUGGAACCAGUUUCAACCGUCCUCCUCUUCCGGACCAAGCUCUCAUAGGCUUGUCGAAAUAAAGAAUGAAUCUUCGGAUGAUGAUGACAUCUCAGAUUUCGACGACUUAUCGGAGGACGGAUACAACGACCUGAGGAACGGUUUGCGUUACUUGGGAUUGAGCAGGUCUUACGUCCCGCGUUGGGGAAAAUGUGAGGCGUUCCGCGAAUUCUAUCAGAAUUGGAAAGAUGCCAUUAUCGCAUCAUUUGACCUCGACCCUCGUUCAUUCCAACCGUCCAUAAAAGAAACACGCACUCAAAUCCAGAUUACCGUUCACAGAACCCAUCCAUCAGGGUCAGAAAAAGCCUCACAAGAACUUCUUGGUUUCAUACGCUUCAAUAAAUCCGUCGGAAGCCUUGAGCUAUCCAAUUUCAACGCUCAUCUUGAGGUGAAACAUCUGGGCAUCGGUGAGUCAAGCAAAGUCGGCCAAGAUAAAUUUGCGGGAACCCAUGGAGAGGGAUUUAAAAUUGCCGCGCUUGUCAUGCGGCGCGAGGGACAUUCAGUUCGAUUCGCAUCCAGUUCAUACUACUGGAACUUCGGCUUUCGCGGGGCUAACCGUGCCACACUCUGUUGCAGUCUUCGCCAAGCAAAGGCAGAGGCGGUCAAAAGGAAGCAAGAGGUGUAUGCUAACAAAGUUACCGCGCCCAAUUUUCGGAGAGGCCUGACCGCGAAUAUCUGGGAAGAUGUCACGGUGAGAAUUGGAAAAGGCAGAGGAGACGACGGUACCAAGCUCCUGGAAAAAGAUUUUCGCUCAUGGAUGGAGGUGUCGAUCGACCUCAAUCCACCCAAAUCCACUAAAAUCAUCCGCACCGACUAUGGGGAUCUCAUAUUAGAUUCACGGUUCGCCGGCCACAUCUACCUCAAAGGUUUACGUAUCCCCGGCCACGGCUCCAGUGAUAGAGACUAUGUUUUCGGAUACAAUUUUAUUCGAGGCUCGAUCAAUCGUGAUAGGCAACGGUUAGCCAACCCGUUGGAGGAAGCCGAGCUACUGGCCCAAAUCUGGCACGAGUCGAUGAGAGCGAAGGGGGAUGACAUUACCGAUGCCUACAUCAAUCUAUUUCGCGAUCACGAAGAAUGCGCCGACAUUGCCCUCGCAAUUGAAAAGUUAUCCCUAUGUACUGCGAAGAUCAUUUGGCAUCGAUUGAGAUCUUCUUUCCCAGACGCGUUCUUCUAUUCCGAGGAUAUCUCACAGUCAAACAUAUUCGACCAGGUAAGGCAUUAUCUCAAGAAACAGCCUCACACGCUUCCCAAGGCGCUCUGGGAGAUUCUUAGGAAGUUUUCAUUGGCUCGAACUCCUCAUGAAGAAAGAAUUCACUUAUUUAUGGGCGCUGACUCGAUUGACAUCCCGGAGGACUCUUUCUGUGGAAGCAUCAUAAGAGCCUUGAAGGCAUCACUCUCACUGGACCCUCGAUUGAAGCACAUGGAAGUCCGUUUCGUAAAAGGUGGAGUACUCAAUCUCAACGUUCUGUUUCGAGAGGAGGACAACAUUCUACGAAUUCACGAGAAAUGGAUCGAUUUCCACCAGAUCCAUGAGGUCACGAACUGCCAAAUUGUCUCUCUGGGAGUGGAGUCGAUGGAGACCGGAGCUUUCUUUUGUGAUCACGUUGCUGAAGAACUGUUUGAGCUAGCUAUCGAUGGGAUUCGCCCCCACCUCGGACUAGAUCGCAACGAAUGUGUGGAAAUUGUACGUCAAGCCCGCGCAUGCAUUCGACAGAUGCCACGACUUAUCAGAGUUUCUCCGACGUCGCAGUCCAAUGAGCUUGAGGUCAGCUGGACCGGAAAUGAGAGCGGUAUCAUAUCUGCGAAGUACGCUGCCGACAUCCUGUACAAUGUCACGUUACACACGAUGAGUACGUGUGAUUCAAGGAGCCACGAGCUCCUCCAUCGAAAUGGUAAGUACAUUCCCCAGAAGCAGCUUUGCGAAACCCCAUCAUCCUCCGCGGAAGACCACAUCCCGUGCAACUGUGCCACGCAAGUCGUGUCUCUACUCAGCUCCAAAGCAGUUUUCAGAGGACUCCACCACCAGGAAAAGUACUUUCCAAUGAUUUCUCGAGCCGAAGACAUAGCAACAACUGUGAGUGAUACUCCCUCCGGACAGCCCUAUGGGCCCGCAAGCCAUACGCAAGCCGAACCACGAAAUUCUAGCCUUGCAGACUCGACAGAAUUUGUCCAGGAUGCCAAGGCCUGGCGGAGUUGGCAUGAUCGAGAAAUGCCGCGAGAAUUUUCUCAACUUCUUCCCAGACGUGAAAGGAAAUGUUCAGGAACCACCUCUUCUGUUUCCAGCUAUAUAUGCAAACACGUCGAGUAUGUCUUUGAGCAAGAUGAGUACGCGCUUAUCCGGAUGCUUCCCGAACGCUUGUCUGAAUACAUCGUCUUUAUUCACGAUAUUUGUUAUGAUGACGACGAUUCCGGCUCCGGAACAUACUAUUUGGUGGUAACCAAGUACUCUGCCCUUAAGUCCACUUAUCCAUUUGAAGCGCAGGAAUCUUCCAGUGACACAACAAUACAUGAUAAGGAGCUCCUCCUGCAUUUCGGUGACUUCGACAAAAUGGGAACGCGAGAUGAUGCCGAAUUCAUCAAUAUCCAGGACAUUAGCUCCGCUACGGAUUUUAAUUUAGGCGCCGAAGACUCUUCGGACGACCUUGAUGACUGUGGACCAUUCUGCCGCUUUGGCAUUUGCGCGGCGACAGGUAGCGAUGUUGCUUGCAUUACGCCAGUGGCGUCUACCCUCCUGCAGAGCCGGGAUAGGUGGCGACGACCGAAGUUCCCCGAUUCUCGUCCUGUGAUUUUUGACUGUGCCCCUCAAGUCUUAGGACCUUCCGAAGGGUUUACACAAGCAGGCUUUACAAUUCAGGCAGCGCUUGGUUUUGACCAGGAACGUCAUAUGACAUGGAAGACACGCCAUCAUUCAAGUCAGGUGUAUGACGGUACGCCUCAAGACAUCUUUGAUGAGUUCCGUUCCGGGACGCUUCGCCCUCCCUCUUCACCUGAUCCAGGGCCACCAAAAGUGGCGAUCAUAGCUGGAGAACAUGCACUUUUCAGACUAAAUGACGGAAAUAAGUGGAUGGUAUCGAGGAAACAAUUUCUGGAGCCCUUAGACAUCGUUGACGCAGCUGCCAAAUCAUCUAUCCGCCCAAAUUUCCUAGUCGCGCUGAUGCCACCAGCAUUGCUACACUCCUCAACAAUCGGCAGAUUCUCCACGACCAUACUCAAGCUACUAGGCCAGAGGUGGUCAGUGCAUAUCAGGCUGUGUCCAAUGCACGACCAUGCUAUUCCCCAGGAUCGCAGAGUCCUCGCCGUUAUUGCAUCUCCUUGUUGUGAUUCACUGCCAUGGGACUUGGACUGGACCACCAUGAAUUUGGAGAGCUCCGUGACUAUAGACGACGUCAUAAGAGACCUUGCUUUUGAAAAUCAGCGUGCAAUACCAAGAGCAAGUGGUGGCUUCGUUUGUUCUCAUCUUACCCAACAUCAUCUCGAUGCCGAAGGUGCUGGAUUGGCUCGAUACUUCUACAACCACCAAACUGGAUCCCGGCCAGACGAUAGGGAAGCGACCCUGAAAAUGGAUGUUGCUAAUAUCUUUGCCCUCAGCCACAGCGCCACGCCUCUCAUUCAUCCAACUAGGCGUGAUUUGCUUACUGUUCGUGAGCUUGCCCGGGUCCAGGGCUUCCCAGAUGACUUUGUGUUUUAUGGAUCCACGACGUCUCAGUACAAGGAUAUUGGCAGAGCGCUGCCGCCGACUGUGGCGAACUUGAUCGGAAAGACUCUUUUGCGUGUCAUACAGAGUUCGAUGGUGGUCGCAGUAAAUGAUCCGAGACCAAAAAAGCGACUCAGAAGGGAGGAUGAAGACUAA